AUGCGCAAGUCGCAAGUGCAGCUGCUUCUGCGUGUGGUGCUCCAUGUAGCCAUCGCGUUGCUACUGAGUGUCCGCAGCGCCCACCUGGGCCGUACGCUGCACCCGUUCCAGCGUGCUGUUGCGAACAAUUGGGUACACUUGCUCUUCUACGUCAACGUGCACUCAGCCACGAUCCGAGAAAACCGGAACGAAGACGAAGCUGUUGAAACGCUGCCGCAUUUUCUGCUCGAGAUUGAAGAGGAAAUUGCUGCAAACAUCGGAGACGAGUUUUUCAGCGGCGGCUUUGCAGCGAGGGCGUCGGCGUUGCCAGUGGGUGCACUGUUUACCAUUGAAGAGACGCGGCAGCACUUGCACGGGGCCGUGGACAACUACUUUCUACUGGCAGACGUGGCGCUGGACUCGUUCGUGGUGUUUAACAACAAGACGAGCUCAUUUCUGUCCCCUCCACUGCUCACUGUGCGGGCGGAUGUGGGCGAUGAGACUCGGGACGAGCUUUAUACGAUCAUGAACGGAUCAGAUUGUUGUGACCAGUGGCCUGCGCCGCUCCGCAUGGGCGCAGACGUCGCUUCAAGACAGGAAACACGCGCGUUCUUGGACGCGUUGGAUGCUAUUGAGCUCAAGUUUGUCGUGGGUAUGACGAAGAAGGAUGCGAGAAUGGAGGAGGACAAUGCACGAGCGACGAGAGUGUACCAGUGGACAGUGGCAAUGCGCUAUGAUUUGCUGAACCAAGGUCACCUGGAGGUCACUUUGAAUUACAAUCUUGACCAUGUGUCGAUACUUAAAGGUGGAAGGAGAUAUGCAGGUGAGGAAAAGAACGUACCGCCUGUGCUUUUGGACACGAGCGUCGCGCUCCAUUGGGUCACGCUGGUCGUGAUUGUACUGUUCCAGGGAGUAGAGUGCUUUGUAAAGUGGGGGUCUAUCUCGAGUAGAGCAACCCAGCGUCCAAAAGAGUCGCGUCGCUCAAUCGCUCUUGCUUUGGCAAAAGAGACGGCCAAAGACAUCUGGUUUUGCUUUGCCCUGACAGUCAAUGUGGCAACUGCAGUCUGUCUUUUGGCUGCGUGGCGAAAUACGUAUCAGCUCUCGUUGGACGAUUCACUUUGUUUCACUUUUGCCUGCUGCUGCGCGCUGCAGUGGGGUAGCCUCGUGCGAUAUCUCCGGGUUAACACGCGGUUCCGCGUACUCGAGCUCACAUUACGGCGCGGUUUUCCGCGCGUGUUACAGUUCCUUACAGGUGUGUUACCUAUUUUUGUCGGCUUUGUGUUGUUCGGCACGGUCAUGUUUGGUAUGAAGGUGCCUCGAUUUCGAAGUGCGAGCACUACAGCCACUGCACUGUUUUCCGUGGCGAAUGGAGACGAAAUUUACGACACAUUUAAUGACGUCGCAUACUCUCCGUGGAUCGGACAAAUCUACAUUUACUGCUACAUCGUACUGUUUAGCUACGUUGUCUUGAUGGUGUGCAUCGGCAUUAUCGAGGAUGCUUUUUUUUCAGCUCUGUAUGGACGCGAUUCGAACACUCAGCAUGGACCGGGAUCUGGCAGGAUGGCAUCAAGAGCUCAUGGAGCCAAACUGCAUUGUACGUCGUAG